AUGAUAUCUCAUGAUCCCAAGAUCCCAUUUCUCAUCCAAUCUCUGGAUAUCGCACUUUAUCGCACUUUUGGAGAAAGUGCUAUGUACAGCAGAGAUCAGCAGAGUGUGCAGCUUGCAUGCGCCAUCUUGGAGGCUUGUCGCGACUGUAGCCGGGAUUAUCCGGGCACCAACAGGCUUUCCCGGUCUGUGUCUAGGCCCCCUCCAAGACAAGGCAGAGAACGCUUAGAAACUUCUUGCGGUAAAGCCCGUGAGGUCAAUCAUGUACAGGGUGUGAUCGCACAAUGCACCACCAUGCACCACCCAUUGAAGAUAUUGAAGAGUUUAAGUCAGUUGAGGAACUGGCAAACAGCACCAAAGUAUACCAAAGUAUCAGAACGCCUGUGA